CUUUUAGCACACACAAAUUCUGGUUGACUGGUAUUGUUUGACAACUAAACACUGUGUGUAAAAUUGUAAUUGUGUUUUGUAGACGAUAAAAUUAAAUUUAUUGGAAAUAAAAAAGAAUCUGUGCAUAAGAAUUUGCGAAGUCAGUCUUAAUUCGAUAUCAUGCAAUAAACCUAAUUGGGAGAUAGAUUUUACUCGGAGCAAGUCGCAGACAAAUGAAGAAGGAAAUCCGCAUUAAUUGAAGCCAACAGCGCAAUCACCAUUGUGAGGAAAUUAAUUGAAAACAGUUGUAAAUAGUUGCUAUUUUAAUUUAUAUAGCAAUGCAUAGUAAUAAAAUAACAACAAAUAGCUCCUAUGAGAACACCAUCAAAAUGGAUAUAAACGUAUCACAAUCAUAUGAACGAUCGUCUAGUACGAAUUGCAGCGUACCACCGACGAACCACGGGGGAGGCUUAACAAUUGCGAGUGUCACAAAAGGACCCGCACAUUUCACUUUGAAUAGUCCUAGUGCUGGUUGUGUUGGCACGACCGCAAUCACCAAUGCAACAAUUGUUCAUAGCGGCCCUAUUGCCAAAGAUAAGCCAGCUAGCAAAAGCAUUAAGCAACCGAUACCGCGAAAACCGCCUCCAACAUUAGACAAUUUCUGGCCAAAUAUUUUACAUGAGAUACAGAGCACGCAAAAUGUUGAUGCCAGACAUCAGGCUUUACCUUUAGCACGCAUUAAAAAAAUUAUGAAACUGGAUGAUAAUGCGAAAAUGAUUGCCGCUGAAGCCCCGCUUCUAUUUGCCAAAGCUUGCGAAUUUUUCAUCCAGGAGUUAACUAUGCGAGCCUGGAUUCAUACUGAGGAAAGCAAGCGACGUACCUUACAAAGAUCAGACAUUGCUCAAGCUAUAGCUAACUACGAUCAAUUUGAUUUUCUCAUUGAUAUUGUGCCACGAGAAGAUAUAAAGCCUUCUGGUCAUCACCGGAAGCAUGAAAGCGCACAAACGUCUACGUCUACAUCUACGUCUGCGAAUGGACUAAAUGCAACCUCAUCGGCAUCUUCGUCGGCACCAGUAACACACAGUAGCUCAAUACCAGCUGCUGCUAGCGGUGGUGUUGUAACUGGCGAAAUGAUUAACGUAACUACACUAAAAAGUGAACCUUUAAAUACUAUAGCAGCUGACCAAGUGACAACAAAUGCCGCAUUGGCCACUACUAAUAGCACCCAAACUGCGCAAGUAGUAACUGCGGGUCAGCCUACCCAGCAGCAGGUUCAAAUCAUACAACAAACUGGUCAUCAUUCAACGCCACAAAUGCAAUACUUUAUCACAAUGCCCGGACAACAACCAGGCCAACCACAGUUGGUAUAUCAAUUGCAGUUGCAACAACAGCAACUGCAGCCGCAAAAUUUAACAGCGGCAGGUCUUAACUUGGUAACUCAGCAACCACAACAAUUGAUAUUAACAGCAGCUGCACCCACCAACGCCAACGCAACUCUAACUAACCACCAGCAACAAAGCGGUUUAUUGCAGAAUUUGGCUCAACAGCAGCAACAACAAGUUCAGCUAGUGCAGCAAGUGGUAGUUACACCUACCGGUGAAUUAGCCAAUGUGCCGAUUGCUAUCAACGCAAACCAAAUAAACUUGUUACGUUUACAAAUGCAACAACAACAGCAUCAACAGCAAUCCCAACAGCAAGCACCCCAGCAGAUAAUUAUACCGACCCAAUUACUCAGUGCUCAACAACUCAUACAACUGCAAUCGCAAAACGCUGCUGGUGUGCAUCACCAACAUAGUUCACAACAACAUCAACCUCAACACGCAGGACCCAGUAGUACAUUGUAUAUUAGUGCAAGUCCAUCUGUUCAAAACGCUGUCGCAACAUCCGGCGCGGAACGCAAUCUGAACGGUGGUUAUCGCUCGAAUUGCUAGCCUGAAGAUAACGUCCGAAGCAGCUGCUAUUGGGCCGCUGAGGAUAUGCUUAACUUUUUGUAAAUUUCUUAACUGCCAGCUUCUUAGGCAGGUGUUUAGGUUUUUAUAUAUCAGUUAUGUAUGUAUAUAUAUAUAUAUACCUGCUAUUAGGCGAUAAUUCCAGGAUCACCACCGAACUUAAUCAGUAUAAAAUUCUCUGCCCGUUUAACAAUGUUCAUCCUUUCCUGCGUUUUCUGUUGCAUGCCAACGGGGGCAUAAAUUGACCACUGCAACUUUGUGUAAAUAUAAGAUCUCAAUUGCUUCAAACUUAGCUCGGAAAUGAACAAUAGACCACCAUAAUGGAAUAAGCUCAGCACUAUAGACGUACAAAACAAAAUUCUAAUUUAUUGUUACGUCGGCAAUUGAUAACGUAUUUUAGGCAAUUUCUAUUUACUGGUUCAAGUCGGUGGGUAUCAAAGGUUUGCCUCCAAGGCGGAUACAACUUUCUUGUUUGUUCUAACUGUAAAUUUGUAGAAUUACUUCUUUAACCCCAUCAAGACUUGUAUACCAUUGAUGUAUUUAUAUUUAUAGAUUAUUGAUUUUAAAGAAUAAAAUCCCUUCUUGUGAAAUAAUGUAUAAGUAAUAAAAUGCAUAACCAUAUUUGAAAACGAA